AUGACUGAACCAAUAGUGACUGAACCAAUAGUGACUGAACCAAUAGUGACUGAACCAAUAGUGACUGAACCAAUAGUGACUGAACCAAUAGUAACUGAACCAAUAGUAACUGAACCAAUAGUAACUGAACCAAUAGUGACUGAACCAAUAGUGACUGAACCAAUAGUGACUGAACCAAUGCUGACUGAACCAAUAGUGACUGAACCAAUAGUGACUGAACCAAUAGUGACUGAACCAAUAGUGACUGAACCAAUAGUGACUGAACCAAUAGUGACUGAACCAAUAGUGACUGAACCAAUAGUGACUGAACCAAUAGUGACUGAACCAAUAGUGACUGAACCAAUAGUGACUGAACCAAUAGUGACUGAACCAGUGACUGAACCAAUAGUGACUGAACCAAUAGUGACUGAACCAAUAGUGACUGAACCAAUAUGA